AUGAAGCUGUGGGUGGAGUUUCUCCUGAGAGUUCCAGAAAUUCUCAGCCCGAGCACCAUGAGUAACCAGACUCUGGUAACAGAGUUCAUCCUACAAGGCUUUUCAGAACACCCAGAAUACCGGAUGCUCUUAUUCAGCUGUUUCCUCUCUCUCUACUCCAUGGCCCUGACUGGUAAUGUCCUCAUCGUCUUGGCCAUCACCUUCAACCCCGGGCUCCACACAUCCAUGUACUUUUUCCUCUUCAACCUGGCCUCCAUGGACAUUAUCUGCACCUCCUCUGUCAUGCCCAAAGCCCUGGAGGGUCUGCUGUCAGAGGAGAGCUCCAUCUCCUACGGGGGCUGCAUGGCCCAGCUCUACUUCCUCACCUGGACUGCAUCCUCGGAGCUGCUCCUCCUCACCGUCAUGGCCUAUGACCGGUACGCGGCCAUCUGCCACCCCCUACAUUACAGCACCAUGAUGAGCAUGGCCUUCUGCAGCAUGCUGGCUGCUGGCGUGUGGGGGCUCUGCGCCUUCAACACAGCCAUCCACACCGGGCUGAUGACGCGCCUGGAAUUCUGUGGCCCCAACGUCAUUACCCAUUUCUUCUGCGAGGUGCCCCCUCUGCUCCUCCUCUCCUGCAGCUCCACCUACGUGAACAGCAUCAUGAUUGUCCUGGCUGAUGCCUUCUAUGGCUUAGCCAACUUCCUGAUGACCGUCGUGUCCUAUGGCUUCAUCAUCUCCAACAUCCUCAAGAUGCGCACGGUGGAGGGGAAGAAGAAAGCCUUCUCCACCUGCUCCUCCCACCUCACCGUGGUGUGCAUGUAUUACACGGCUGUCUUCUAUGCCUACAUAAGCCCCGUCUCCAGCUACAGUGCGGAGAAGAGCAAGUUGGCUGGCGUGCUGUACACCAUGCUGAGCCCGACCCUCAACCCCCUCAUCUAUACUUUGAGAAAUAAGGAGGUCAAAGCAGCACUCAGGAGGCUUUUCCCCUUCUUCAGAAAUUAA